GGGUUCGGAGGCGGGAACGGUCUCGGCGGUGGUUUCGGAGGCGGGAUCGGCAGACCGGGCGGCUUCGUCGGCGGGGGCGGCGGUUUCUCCGAACAAGGCUUCAUUAGCACCGACGGAGGAGAUGUGACCGCCACCUGUGACGAGAACGGCAUGGAGCUGACGCUGCAGGCCAACGCGCCCUUCUACGGCCGCAUGUACACGUACCGGCACUACGACCAGUGCAGCGUGGUGGGGCGCGGCGACCGCGUCAUGUCGCUUCGCAUCAGCGCCGACGGCGGCUUCCCUGCCUGCGGCACGCAGAGGUUCGGAGACGUCAUGCAGAACAUCGUGGUGGUCCAGUUCAGCGAGUACGUGCAGACCAACUUCGACAAGCGCUACAACCUGACCUGCUACUUUCAAGGGCCGGGUGAGGCUGUCGUCACAUCCGGUUAUAUCUCAGCCAGCCCCGGCCAGCUGACGCCCAUCAUCGACCUGCCGGCGCGCGAGGUGCUGGACUCGCGCGUGCGCCUGGCCAUCCUGUACCAGGGCCGGCCGACCACGACCAUCGCCGUCGGCGACCCGCUCACCUUCCGCCUGGAGACUCAGUCCGGCUCCAACCUGGUCACCGACAUCUUCGCCACCAACGUCAUCGCGCGCGACCCGUACUCGGGCCGCUCGGUCGAGCUGAUCGACAGAUACGGAUGUCCGACAGACCCACGCCUCUUCCCCGGCCUGGACCUGUCCCGCGACGGCAACGGGCUGGAGGCUCGCUUCAGCGCCUUCAAGAUUCCGCAGUCCAACUACCUGCUGUUCGAGGCGACCGUGCGCCCGUGCCGCCAGCGCUGCCGUCCGGCCACCUGCGCUGUGGACGGCCGCGAGGAGGUGUCGUUCGGCCGGCGGCGGCGACGCGCGCUGCCUGAGAACGCCACGGAGGAGCUGCCGCUGCCGGACCCGGCCGACGAGCCGGUGGAGCCGCAGGAUGAGGAGAUCGGGCCCGACAUCGACCCCAAGGACAGCGAGGAGUAUGUCAAGCGACUGAUGAGCGUGUUCUACACCCGGGAGGAGCUGGUGGCCGAGGAGGUGAAGGUUCCAGAGGAUGUCUGCAUCUCGUCGGCCGAGUACUACGGUCUGCUGGCCACCAUGGUGGUCCUGAUGGUGCUGAUGGUGCUGGGCGCCGUGCUGGCCGGCCUCUGGUUCCGCCGCAGCCGCCUGCUCGCCUACAAGAAUCAAGACGCCGAUAUGACUUCGCCGCUGCCCCGAGCCUUCUCCGCUCCUGGCAUCGGCAAGAACACAUUCUCCUUCCUGCACGGAAAACGGUCGUCUCCGAUGGGCCACAGCUUCCCCCAGGGCAGCGCCAACCCGGCAUACGACGUGGACGGGCCGCCGGCGCCGCGUGGCCGCAAGUUCGACGACCCGAGCGAGCCCAUCUACACGGACCCGUCGCUGUUCGAGCGCUCGCGCAGCCUGCGUUCCGUCUCCGCCUCAGAGUUCGGCCAGACGCGCAGCGCCGAUCAGCAGUGA